ACAAUAGUUAUUUAUGACACUCAGACAGAACGAUAUCACCCUUCUUAGGGAGCGAACAUCUGUGAAUAUACUGCCUAUUCAUUCUAUUGUUUUAAAGAACUUUAUUUGAAAAAUACAAGUAUUUUCACUGUUGAGUAUUCUGUGCCAAAAGUGCGAGAUAUAGUUUUGUUUUUUUUUUUGGAAUUUAAGGUCAGUCGAUAAGGGCCAAAUAACAAAGGACUGAUCCAAAAUGACUCUUGUGAAAAGAGGCAACGAUUCCGUGCAUUGGUACAUGGGAGAGUUGCAAUCAAGAAUUGUUGCAAGUUCUGGGAUACCCACAGACAGAUUUCACCUUGGAAAACUUAUACUUCAAAGUUUGAAAGAUGCUCCAGAUUUUAUUUCACAGAUUGAUGGAGCCACCGGCGAAUCUGAAACAAAUGCAUCGGUGCUAGAGCGGUCAAUACGCUGUGCGACUUGCCUUCGGAACUUGGGAAUAGGGCAUGGGGACGUGAUGGUCCUCAUGGCCCCUAACCACAUAGACCUGACGGUACCCCUGUAUGCUGCACUGUAUCUUGGAGUCAUUAUUGCUGCUGUUGACAGGACGCUGACAUUAACUGAAUUGCAACAUACAUUUGCAUUUUCGAAGCCCAAAAUAAUAUUCUGUCAAAGUGACAGAGCACCAGAUGUUCAACUGACUCUAAACAACUUGAGCCUAGACGGUCAGAUCGUAAGCUUCGAUAGUGGAGACUAUCUGUGCAGCUUCUCUGACUUUAUGGAGAACAAUGGAGAUGAUAUAGCUGUUGAAGAUUUUCAGGCAGCCGAUUUCGAUCCCGAAGACUCAAUAUCAUUUAUAAUAGCAACAAGCGGUACCACAGGCUUACCUAAAGCUGCUGCCGUUACUCAUAAGAAUUUGGCUAUCAACAUACCUUAUAUUUGGUCAAGAUCAACGACUUUCCCAACACCAACUAAAAUCGCUUUGAUCGGAUCACCACUGCAAUGGUUGACUGCCAUAUUGAAUUUCGUGAAAUCUCCAAUAUUACGGAUCAUCCGAUUACAAACUUCAGAAAAGCUGACACAGGAGCAUGCUUAUGAUCUGAUUAAUAAAUACAGGCCCACGUAUUCCAUCUUCAGUCCUACGAUGAUGUCGACUCUUCUUAAGCCAGACGUUCGUGAUCAGUGUGACUUCACCUGUUUCACGUCUCUCAUGUUGGGAGGAAGCGCUGUCCCACAAGACUUGAUUGAUGAAUUGAAGCAAGUGGCUUGUAAUGCUGAAGUGAACAAUAUAUAUGGUAUGAGCGAGCUGUCUGGCAUAGCUUUUCAAGGAGACAAUCCUGCACCUGGCUCAUGUGGAAAACCAUUGGGAUGCUUCCAAUACCGGAUCAUAGACGUUGAAACGCAAACAGAUAUUUUCGAACCUAACGUACCUGGCGAGUUAUGGCUAAAAGGACCAACUAUAUUUAAGGAAUACUAUAACAAUGUAGAGGCUACCGAGGAAACCUUUGCCGAAGACCGCUGGUUCAAAACUGGAGACACCUUCUACAGAGAUGAGAACUGGAACUUCUUCUUCGUGGAGAGGAUCAAACUACUUCUGAAGUAUACUGGAUACCAGAUAUCACCAGUAGAAAUCGAAGGUGUUAUACGUCAGCACCCUGGUGUUCUGGACGUAGCUGUGACAGGUAUCCCAGAUGCUUUAGGUGAUCUGGUUGUUGCGUGUGUCGUCCCACAUCCCGAUGCUAAGCCGACGGCUCAGGAGAUCAAGGACUUGGUUAGAGAUACCUUAUCUGACUCUAAACAGCUGAGAGGUGGAGUGAUAUUCGUCGAUGCUAUCCCGGUCACAGCAUCCACCAAGGUCCACAGGAGACGGCUCAAAGAAAUGGCCCUAGAAUUGCCCAGAGAGUAAAAUAAAAAUACCUAAUAAAAACAAAUUGGAAUUCAAGCACUAUGAAGGUAGUUUCUAGAACAUUCUAGUGUUAAGAAUAUCAGUAUUUUUGUAAUAUUCUUUCAAUGUUUACAACUUUUGUUUUGUUCAGGUAUUGCCUACACUGCCUAAUAGUGUUAACCUCCAGCCUUAGUGGAGUCAACUGAAUACCGUAUUAUCCGAUCGAUUUUUGUCCCGUAAAGCAAGCUAACAAAACUACAUACUUAAUUUUCUAGCUUUAAACAUAAGAAUUACUAUCGUAAGUAAGAAGAGUUUCUAUUAGCCCAGCAAUAGGUAGUUUAGGGUUGAUGAUAUUAAAAAUAAAAAUAAAAAUAAAAUAUGCCUGGCCGCUCUCUAACUUUUAAAUUAACAAAAAAGUUUUACACAUUUCAGAAACAUUGCAAAGAGUAUUUAUGUAGGCAUUAUCUAAUACGCUUGUGAUUAUGAUUUGCAAAUAAAAAAAUUACAGCUGUCAAAGUGACGUUUUUUUAGCACAAUUUUGUAAUAAUUAUAUUUUGUAAUUUUACUAAUUUAAUUUCUCUAUAUAUUAUAUUCGGCGCUAGUUUUAUUGGAAUAGAACUUGGAGAUCUCAUCUCGAUAAGAACCGGUAGUUUUUAGCGCGCCAGUCGUUCGUCGGCAGUGAUUAUAAACGGUUUCCUUGAAAAUG